AUGAAACUCAGGUUUCCAGAUAUUUAUGGUUCAUUAAAAAGUGCAAUGAGAACAUCAAGCCGGGAGCUAAAUUAUGAAAACGUAAACAUAACAACGAUGAUUAAAAACAAAUAUUUUGGUUUGGUUAGUGGAGAAAUCAAAAAGCAAUUUAAACAGCAGUGGUCGUUAAUUUUGGUGCCAUUAAAGGCAUGA